GGAAGCUGCUCUUAUUCUGACACAUGAAGCUGCUAUGGCUCCUGAUGUUCUAUUUCUGACAGUCGUGUCAGAUAUCAGAGAUAAAAAUAAGCAAGCUGAGCACAGUUAAGCAUAAGGUGGACGGAAAUGUUUCGCUCUGUGCUCAUGUUUCUGUCCGUGCUUUUAUUUAGUCUCUUUAACGUUAUGUCUGAAAACAAACUGACUUCCUUGGAUUUUGAGAUUUUUGGUAAUGUACAGGGUGUUUGCUUCAGAAUGUACACGGAGGAUCACGGCCAGAGUCUGGGACUGAGCGGCUGGGUGAAGAACACCAGACAGGGAACCGUGACUGGUCAAAUCCAGGGACCUCAAGACAAAGUCAAUGAGAUGAAACUCUGGCUGAAGAGCAUCGGCAGUCCGAGCUCGCGAAUCGACCGAGCAGUCUUCUCCAAUGAGAGAGACAUUUCUAAACUGGAAAUCCACGGCUUCUCCACCCGCUACUGAGCAUGCCCAGACACCUCUGACAGGGUUAGGGGGAAGAAGAUUUUCAAUUUAUUGCACCAUCCAUCACAAUCCAGCUCCAUACAGAACCUAAAACUCAUUGAGACCUUUAGGAUGUCUGGUGUCUAAUUUAGAAAUCCAAAUCUUUUCAGCUUGAAGUCUCUGAGCUUUAUUCCAUCUUAAAUGACAUUCAACUACAGUGGCUGGAACAGACUGCCAUCUAUGUAGUAAAAAUGUUUUACCAGA